AUGAUCAAUGGCAUUACUCCAACGACUAGUUCACGAAUAAGAAUGAAACUUUCAUCAUCAUCUUCAUCAGACAAACACAUGGAAGACGUUAUUCGCGUAACGAAUAGUAUAUUUCCAUUAAUUAUUUUACCACUAGCAACAGUUGGCAAUUUCCUUUGUUUUCUUGUGUUUUGUCGACCUAAAUUUCAAAAACGUUUAACACGGACAUCAUCAAUAUGUCUACGUUUAUUAUGUGUUAAUGAUUUAAUUCUAUUAUAUUUAUUUAUAAUUGAUGUCUUAUUAAAAGUUUAUCUGGAACCACCCAAACGAAUUUAUUCAACACCAUUAACAUGUCGCUGGUAUAAAUUUAUUCGCUAUUCAUUUUUGGAUAUGUCAGCUUAUAUUCAAUUAGGUUUAACAACAGAUCGUUUCAUAUGUUGUGUUCAUCAUAGAUAUUAUUCGCAUUGGCGUAAAAAAUAUUACAUUUAUUAUUUAUUACUCAUAGCAUUCCUUCUCAUUGUUUUUAAAAAUUCCUCAUUUUUAGCACCUGCAUAUGGCUAUACAGCUCCAAAUAAGAAUUAUACGGUGAAAUGUUCAGUUAAAAUUGAGGCAAAAUCUUUUGCAUUGUACAUGGCUUAUGGUCAAUCAUUAAUCGAUGUUGUUUUUAUUACAUGUAUACCAUUUUUUCUUAUUGUGUAUUUUAAUUCAAAAAUUCUACGAGAAGUAUUACGUUUACGCACUGAAUGUUGGAGUACAUUAACAAAAUUAAUAAAUAAAAAACAAGGACAAAGUCAAGAUUCAAAUAUACGAACAAGAGCUGUUAUAAGGAAUCGUUCAAAACGUCGUCUUCAUUUAACAUUUGCACUCGGCUGUAUAUCAUUUGUAUUCGUUCUCAGUACAGCGCCAUAUAAAAUCUUUAAAGUUGUGGAACGACAUGAUAAAAUUAUUCGAGAUCUACGAAAACGUGGAGCAUCAAAAUCAAGUCCAAUACUAUUGGCUGAAGUUAUUAUUGACUGUCUCGAAUAUCUGUCAUGUUCAACUCCUUUUUUUGUCUGUUUAGCUACGUCAAGUGCGUUUCGAGACGAACUACGUCGUGUUUUUCAAUAA